AUGACGAUGAUAGCCAGCGGUGGAAUAGUCGAUUAUCAAAUGUCGUUGCAUAAUCAGAGCAAACCCGCUAAUCUGUUCGCUUGGUUGCACCAGCUGCUUAUGGAAAUCGGACCAUUUCGCAUGCCCCCGUGCCCGUCGUCCCCUCCGCGUUCACGAAAGUGAUAGAUUUGCUUCGAUAUCAACUGUAUGGGAUAAGUUUAUUCAAAAUAGUCAAAGUUGCUACCAACUAGGUGCAAAUGUUGCAACUGACCAGCAACUAUUUCCAUUUAAAGCCAGAUGCAGAUUUAUUCAAUAUUUGAAGAAUAAACCCUACGAACUUGGUAUUAACUUGGUACUAACGUGAGAUUUCUUCUGUAAGAAAGUAAUAAAUAAAUAUAAAAUAAAAGUAAUAAAUAGUAAGUAAUAAAUAAAUAUAGAAAGUAAUAAAGUAAUA